AUUCUCCUCACGCUUUUAUAUUUUAAUAAAUAAAUUACCUUCCUAAUUCUAGUUUCCUAACCCCUAUAUAAACCCAUCACUUCGAUCCCCUCUUAACUCAUUGCAAGUGUACAGAGCUUCAAACAUGGGUCGCUGGUUACCUCUCCUCUCCCUACUACUCGUUGCCGCAGCAGCAACUGCACAUGCAACUUCACCUGCACAAGUUUAUUGGCGUUCCAUCCUACCUAACACUCCUAUGCCAAGCGCCAUUAGCAACCUCCUAAGCUCUCAAACGGCGGCCGGGGAGAAAGCCGCGACCUCGGUCAGCGUGGGGAAGGGAGUGGGCGUCCACGUGUAUCCGGGGAAGCGCAAGCCAACGACGAACGUCCACGUCGGCCCCAGAUGGGCCGGGGUCAGCGUGGGCCCCGCCGCCUUCGAUACUGACGACAACCGUAAUUACGCCGCCUCCGUUACUGACAGGGCGACGUUUAAUUACGCCGCCUCCCAUACCCAGCUCCGCGGCGACCUCAGCGUCGCACCCUUCUUCCUGGAAAAGGACCUCCCCCCCGGGAAGAAGAUGACCCUCUACUUCCCGGAACUCACCUUCGCCCCCGCUUUCCUCCCCAGGAAAGAAGCCGACUCGAUCCCGUUCUCCGUCGAGAAGCUUCCGGAAGUCCUCGGCCGGUUUGCGAUCCAGCCGGACUCCAUCGAGGCCCAGUGGAUGAGGAAGACGGCCAGAGAUUGCGAGGCGCCGGCGAUGAAGGGGGAGAAGAAGUUCUGCGCCACGUCACUCGAGUCCAUGGUCGACUUCAGCACGUCGAGCCUCGGGACGCGCGACGUGCGGGCCGUGUCGACCAUUGUCGCUAAGAAGGGUGCUCCGAAGCAGGAGUACACAAUCGUAUCGUCCGGCGUCCGUAAACUGGCCGGGAGUGAUGGGGUGGUGUGCCACAUGGAGGCAUACGCGUACGCGGUCUUCUACUGCCACAUGGUGGGAUCGACGAGGGCGUACAUGGUGAAGAUGGUCGGGAAAGACGGGGCGGCGGUGGACGCGGUGGCGGUUUGCCACGCGGACACGGCGGCGUGGAACCCGAAACACCUGGCUUUCCAGGUGCUCAAGGUGAAGCCCGGGACUGUGCCCAUUUGCCACUUCCUCCUGCAAGACCAUGUUGUGUGGACCCGCCGCACUUAGGAGGAUGCACGUACGUAUGUACAGGGUUGUGGAUUGAGAGAGAGAGAGAAAAUAAGAGAGAGACGUACGUGAUGUGGUGUGAACUAGUAUACCGAUCCAUAUAUAUAUAUAUAUAUAUAUAUGGAUUGGUGUAUGUUAUAAAUGUUUAAUUGUCGUGUGAACAUGGAGUCUCUCUACCUUGGGGUCUAUUUAUGAUGUAGAUGUGGUGAAGAUGUAGAAUAUAUGUAUGAACGUGGAGUCUCUGUACGUUGGGGUCUAUGUAUGAUAUAUAUAUGAUGUAGAAUAAAAAAGGCAGUGCAGAGCUGUUUUCAUA